GUCCACAACAAAUUUCUAUUGAUGUCAGAUAACGUUUGUGGUCAGCCAUCCCGUCGUCAUCGUGUAUAAUGCCCCAUGAAGAUUUAUUAAUCAGCGAACGAUGUGGCUCUUUGGGCAACCCCAUCAAAUACACCCGUCAAGGUCAGAACGGUAUCAUCCGCAACCGCGAAAUAAGCCAAGAAUCCGUCGCGGAUUCCGUGCUUCAAAGCGUUUUGGGCUUCUUCCGAGAAGUCCUUUUGCCCCAUGGCUAUCCAGACAGUGUAAGCGAAGAUUACUUUGAGUACCAACUAUGGGACACGGUCCAAGCAUUUUGUAGUACUAUCACUGGGAUUUUUACCACGCAGGCGAUUUUAAAGGGUGUGGGGGUGGGCAGUGCCGAGGCUUCGGCCCUUUCUGCCACCAUCACCUGGAUCAUGAAAGACGGCACUGGAAUGGUCGGACGAAUCAUCUUCGCAUGGUGGAAAGGAAAAUCCCUAGACUCCAAUUGUAAAAAGUGGCGACUUUUCGCCGACUUAUUAAAUGAUGGAGCCAUGAUUCUAGAACUGUCAAUACCACACGUCACGCACCUCUCCACUGAAAUUCUUUGUCUUUCAACACUAAUGAAAGCGAUGGUGGGAGUUGCAGGUGGCGCCACUCGUGCUUCCAUAACCAAUCACCAAGCGAUUAAAGGCAACAUGGCGGAGAUUGCCGCCAAAGAUGGCAGCCAAGAGACACUCGUCAACUUGAUUGCAAGUUUCACUGGAAUUUUUCUAAUUAAUUACUUUACGGAUGCCACCACUCAAUGGAUUGUGACAUUUCUCUUGAUUUUUCUCCACUUGUAUUCGAAUUAUCAAGCCGUCACUGCCCUCAUUUUCAAGAAUUUGAAUAAUUUACGAAUGACCUUGAUAUUGAAGAGUUAUCUGGCUGUUAAUGCAGUGCUAGGCCCUGAAUGUAUCAAUAAAACUGAAUCAGUUUUUUUGGGAUUUGGGACAAGCGUUGAGAAGUUUUGUGGUUUUAAGAUAGUUCUGGGACAGGCACUUGGAAAGACUUUGCGACGUUAUAAUUCAGAUGAAUUGAAAAGUUUGACGGAAAUUUACAAAGACAAAAAAUAUCUGAUUGUACCUGAUUUAAAAACGAGAACCAUUUAUGUAACUUUUGAAAAAGGUGAAACGCCUCAAGAAGUUAUAGCAGGCUUUUAUCAUGCAGUAUUACUUGGACUUGCCACUUGUAUUUAUAAUAGAGUUACACUUGAAAUUUAUUCAAAGCGACAAUUACAUCAUUCCACUCCAAUCACCAGAUUGAGUACUUUUAUGAAAAACUACCAAAAUAAUAACAUAGCUAGUAAUCUCCCCCCACCCCUCCUACAAGCUUUUACCGAAUUUGUGGGACAAGAAAUCGAAAUGUUUUUCACAGCGCUGCAAGUCAAUGGGUGGAAAACCGACAGUCACUGCCUUUACGUGGACGAGUGGCGAGCGCAAUGGAAAGACUUUGAUAAAAAGUCAUUAUAAAUAUUUUUAUACAGUUUUUAUGGUUGAAUGAAUAACAGUUUUUGAUAAAAAAUAUAUAUUUUUAAUAAAAAUACAGUUAUUUAUGA